AUGCGGCUCACGGCCGAACUGAUUAGGGACUCGCUGUCCUAUCUGAAUCCCCUAAAGGAAAGAGAGCUUGAUCUCCGAGGACACCGAAUUCCUGCGAUUGAAAACCUAGGUGUUGCGGGCCCCCACGAUGCCAUCGACUUCACCGACAACGACAUCCAAGUGCUGGGCAACUUCCCCCUCUCGCCGCGCAUAACGACGCUGCUCCUGGCGCGCAACCGCGUCGCGAGCAUCCAGCCCACGGCGGCGGCCGCGGUGCCGAACCUGAGGAACCUGGUGCUGGCGUCGAAUAACCUGACGGAGCUGGCGGACGUGGAUGCGCUGGGGACGUUUACGCGGCUGACGCAGCUGGUGUUGGCGGAUAACCCUGUUACGAAGAAGGAGCAUUAUCGUUAUUGGGUUAUCUGGAGAUGUCCGUCCGUUCGAUUUCUAGACUACGAAAAGGUGAAGCAGUCGGAACGAGAGAAGAGCCAAGAACUAUUCGGCACAGCGGAGGAGCCUACAGCUCUGGCAACAUCGAUUAUGGGCAAAAAGUCAAAGACAUUCGAAGUCACAUCCAACGGCGUAGCAGCCGCGCCGUCGAAGCUCUCGCGGAUAAAGUUGACGGACGAAGAGAAGCAGAGGCUGCAAGAGAAGAUCAAGAAGGCGACGAGCCUGCAGGAGAUUAUCGCGCUGGAGAAGGAAUUGAACGAGGGACGGUUGCCAUCUGGUAUUUACGGCGAUGCUAUGGAGGAGUGACGGGAGUUACUAUGAGGUAAUCUGGGCCAUGACGUUUUAUUUUGACACAAGGAUAUGUUUGGCUCCAUGGUUGUGUUAUUUUUUGAGGGUAUUUUUUUACUUACUAUUUUUCCAUUUAUACUUUUUAAAUAAGGGCUUCUCUUGACAAGACAAGAAGGCUGAGAAAGCAGCAUUGGUUGGUACACGGUGUUGACAGAAAAUAAACAACAUUUGCC